GUAUACAUUCGAGCUUCCUGCUGUAGUGUCCACUGUGCACGCCACACAUGGGUAUUCAAGACACGUGUAUUUCUUGCGGCUGACACCAGGCCUUAGUAACAUUGCAGACGCAAGAUGUCACCCGAGACUUGAACAGAGGAAGCGGAGACUCAGGGCGAAGUCGACAUGGGCUCUUCUCGAAGAGCAACGAGUCUUGAGGAUGAUUUUGGCCUGGAAACAGUUUUAAGACUGAUUUCCGCUAAAGGUCGCUUGGGCACAUUGGUGGCAAAAGAGGAGCGACCAGCGACAGCCAAGCCAGCUGUGUCAUACACGUCGGACGCCACGCGAGCGAGCCUGCACACUCGCCCUGCAACCGCCCAGGACCGCCGCCGUGACUCACCCCUUCCUUCGCACAUCUUCAAUGGCGACUCGCCUCCCGCACUUUUGAAAGGAGCAUGGGCACAGUCGGCUACUGCCAAACACUCGUUGCCGGCACCUACGCCCUGUGCAUCACCAGCUCCGGCGCCACCAGCAGCAGCCAGCAGCAGCAGCGAAUGGUGCACGCCACGCGCAGAGGCACCUGCCAGCCCCGUGCUGGCCAGCCAGCCUCCCCCCAGCCUCCACCUUAACCCUGGCACCACUCCGGCAGCUCUCGGGGCCUCUCCGCCACGCCGGCACUCGCCAGUCGGUCGUGUCACACCCCGCAGCCGCAGUGCCAUUACCAGCUCGCACCACCAGGCGCCACCUGCUGCCGGCAGCAGCCCUCCGCCCGCCGCCGCCGCAGCAGCAGCAGCGGCAGCAGCGGCGGCGGACGCACCACAGACACUGCCAUCACCGCGCGCCACGUCGACCUCUCGCGCGUCGCUUACCACCGCCCUCGUGAGCCCGCGGUCGCCAAUGCGUGCGGCGUCGGCACGGUUUGCCUCGGCAGCAACCGUGCACGGCGCUGCCGGCGGCGGCGCACCGGGCUCGCCAGUUCUCAGCGCGGGGUGGGCGCCGGCGACCCCAGCCGCCAGUGGCACCGGGCCGCCCAGGACUGUGGAGGACCUUUCAGAGGAUAAUUGGCAGCUGCGCAGGCGGAUAGCGGAGCUGCAAAAGCAGCUGACGCUAACACAGACAGCGCAGCGGCGUGGGGAGGCGGAGGCUGCGAGGCUGCGGACGUCGCUCGCGCGGGCAGAUGAGGCGCUGGGCCAGCGGGAGGCCGGGUCGCUCAGCCCCAACAGCAUGCCCUGCCAGCUGUACCGCACGCCCGAGACCGCCAGCCUGGUGGCGGCCCUGCGGCAGCGGCUGGAGGACUGCGAGGCGGCGCGGGAGGAUCUUCGCCACGAGCUGGAGCGCCUCGCCAAGUCCACACGGGCGACGGUGGUGGCGGAGCUGCAGGCGGAGGCACUGGCGUGCAGUGAGGAGACGCGCCGACAGCUGGCGCGCGCGGAGCUGCUGGCGGGCCGGGCGGCUGCAGCGGCGGCAGAGGCAGCGGAGCUGCGGCGGCAGCUGGCGGAGCAGGCGGCGGCGCACGCGGGGGCGCAGGCGCGGCUGGAGGAGGAGCUCUGGCAGCUGCGUGACAAGCUGGGUGGUGAUGCCAGGGCACGAGGCUCUUUGGGGUGCCAACCGCUUGCUGUGAAGGACCAAACUGCGCAGCGCAGCCCCGCCCGCCCCGGCUACGGCAAUGGCCCACAGGCCACUGCAACAGGCAACACUGGGACAUCCCGGGGUGGUGGAAGCAACCCACUUGCCGCUGGCAAUACGGCAACCACAGUUGCCGAAGUGACUGCAUGUGCGGAGGUGCUGUUGUCACAUGCACACCUGAUUGACGCACGGGUGCCCUUGGGCCCCGCACACCGCGGUAACAUGGCUGUGUUGGAGGCUAGGGUGCGCAGCCGGGGGCCACAGGUGGCCGGCGUGCCCGCCGUGCUACGUGCUCUGCGCGCACACCAGGGCCGCCUGCACGCCGCACUGGCGUUCCUGCCUGGCGGCCCUAUCUUCACCAACGCCUCUCUGGCGGCACGCACGGUGCAGGCGGCAGCUAAUGCCCCCGACCUAGGGCAAGAGAGCGACGACGGAGGUGGUUGUGGCACACGAUGGAACCAGCAGCCCGCCAGCUUGUCAGGGUCAGGGGAGGCGCCGCGCCACCAGGAGCACGGGCAGGCUAGGCAGGCGAUCGCACAACCACGGACGCCACAGCCGCAGCCGCGCCCCGUCAGCCAAGGGGGAUAUGCGGUUGGCUGCAGCGGUGGACCGGGACCGCCGCGUGGUACGGACAUGUCUCCCACCAGGAGCUUGGCGGCCCAACGCUUGGCCCCCACCAAUGCACCGCCCGCCGCAUCGCCACCGGAACCUCAGCAGCGGCAGCAGCAGCAGCAGCAGCAGCAGCAACCACCAUUUGCAGUCCCGCCUCUGAAGCUGCCGGGGGCUGGUGGCAGCGCCGCCCUGCCGCCAUGGAUUCCGCCGCCUGUUCCCGAGGAGGACCCCCGGGAGGGCCCUGACGAGGUGGAGAGCUUGCAUUCGGUGCCGCCGGCCGCAGCUGGGCCAGCUGCAAACCGCGCCGAGUCGGACUCGAGCCCCCGGGCGGCGACUGCUGGCACGGCUGCUGGCACGGCGGGUGGCCAAGGUUCUGCUUCUCCAUCAGGUGCCAGCAACGGUCGCCAGCUCUCCGGCCGUGUAGAGAACUGCAGCAAGUACGACGUGAUGCGCAGCCGCCAGCAGCAGCACCAGCCGGCGCUAGCAGUGCCGUUCUCGGUGGCGCCAGACCACAUGCAAGGCUCCGUGGGCAGCAGCGGGCAUGCAGCACGAGAGGCAGCAGCAGCAGGACCGGUGCUUGGGACGGCGGGCGCGGAUGCGGUAUUGAUAGCAGCUGCUCCAGUAGACGACGAUAGCUGGGCGGAGUUGGGGGUGGAGGAGGUUGAUGAAGACCUGGACGGGGACUACUAGACACCGGCGUGGAGUGAGUGGUGUACGGUAUAAAUGUAUGAUGAUACAGUUCUGGCGCAGUUUUGAGACAAAGGUGGCCAUGCGCAUUUAAAGGUGGCCGACAUGCAUCAUCAGCAUGACACUGUUGACUUGACUGCCGUGCUCUUGUACCCUCCGUUAGCGUUCAAAUUGUCCGUUCAUCAGGGCUUGCAUCUUCGGGGAGCGGCAAGAAGCGGGCCCCAAUGCAGGCCCUCGGGUGAGAAAGGUUGGGCAUUUCCGGGGGUGCAUUCUCGCCGCGUGGGGCUGCACACGGUCCCCGAAUCUCGCCAAGUACCCCUUUCCGAGGGGGGUUUGGGGGGCCCCCAAACGCUAAACUUCAGGCACUUUUGGGCCCGUCUCGCCGGCGGUGGCGGCCUACCCCUGGAAGAUGCAAGCCCUGCCGUUCAUCAUUCAGUACUCAUUAUGGGGCGUCAAUGUGUCGGUGUAUCGGCCUGCUGGACUUCGUCUGGAAAGCUUUACGACCUCCUUAGCUACCGUAUGAUGUCUUGAAUUCUAGUGGCGUCUGUAGAUCCGUGUGUUCUGGCCUAACAAGCUCAGGGCUUGUAUCUUCGGGGAGGGCAUGUACCCACUCUCUCAGACAAGAAACGGGCCCCAAUGCAGGCCGUCGGGCGAGAAAGAUUGGGCAUUUCCGGGUGUGCAUUCUCGCCGCGUGGGGCUGCAUACGGUCCCCUAAUCUCGCCAAGUGCCCCUUUCGUAGGGCCUUGGAUGUCGUUGGCGAGAACGUGGUUAGGGCCCUUCUCGCCAGCGGCGGCGGCCUACUCCUUUAAGAUGCAAGCCCUGCUAUUAAGCUACGGGCCCAGCUUUGCAUCCCUGGCUCUGCGCCCUGGCCCAGGCGCUCACGACUCCUGGGCGCCCGGACUCAUCACUUUCUGUUCUAAAGGUGGUUAUAACUGGCGUGAGCGCUCUGCUUUGAACGUCAAUGGGGGGUUCGGUGGUACAUGGGUCAGUGCGCGUUCGGUGGUACAUGGGAGACAGGAGGGACGUUCUGCGGUGAUGGGUUGGAGGGUAUGGUGGGUGGGAAAGGUAUU